ACAAUCAGUUCUGUUUCAAGUUCAGUUGAGCCAAAACCAUCAUGAGAGUGACUUGGAUAAUUGUACUGGCUGCCUUGGUGGGCCUACAGAAUUUCUGCGAAAGUGCCCCACUUACUAAAUGGUUUAAAACCGACAAUGCUACCUAUUAUAUUGAGACGGAACAAAAGUUCAAUUGGCAACAAUCCUAUGCUGAAUGUAAAUCAAGAAAUCUCAAUUUAUUGACUCUGAAACAAUUUAAUGGCGAUGAGAUUUUGAAUCAAUAUCUGAAGCAAUCUUUUGAUCCAAUUCCAGAAUUUUGGCUACGCUCGGACAUUGCGGUCGACCUCACAAACAUCAUACCGUCAUUGACUGAGGAGUUCUUUAAAAUAAAAAUGGAAGAUGUCGAAGAAGCUGAUGUUUUGCAUGCCGAUAAUCCAAAUAACUGUGUCCUAACCAAGGACGGUUCGGCCAAGGCCUGUGACAUCACUCAUGGCUUCAUUUGUAAAACGAGCAGUAACGACUGCAUUGGCGGACAAAAUAUUCAAAACAUUGUUUUGAAGUUUGCAUAGUUUUUCAAAACAGACGUAUAUUUAACUUAAAAACAUUUUACAUUUUAAAAAGUGAGCAACCAUAUAGAAUAAGAAGCAAGCAAACAAAUUGCUCUCAAUAAAUGUGAUCUUAAAAUGGA